ACGCCCUCGAAUUCCGGCGACCACCACCAGCGCGGGCCUGCAGCACCAUUGGGAUUCGGCGACCAACACCUGCGCGGGCCUGCAGCACCGUCGGGGAUCCGACAACCUCCACCAUCGCGGGCCAGCAGGUCCGUAGGGAUCGGGCAUCCACCACAAGCGCCGGCCUGCAGCACUGAACCACCACCGCUGCAGCAGUAACGCCGCUCCUCCGAUUCAAACCUCUUACCCACCAGAAUACCAGAUCGGAGUCAGAUACAAAGUUUGGGGCAAGAUCCGGCGAAACACCAGCCUUUCCGUCAUGCCAGCAAUCCCACCUAUCGAGACACCGACUCCGGCCGAACCACCAACCGCCGUCAUGUGUCGCAUCGAUCUCGUAGCAAGCCCAUCUCCGAUCUGGCUGUGGGAUUCAAAUGUUCAUAACACCUCUCAAAUUUCCGGUACCCGCGCUGUUCUUGUCUUCUCCUCAACGGCAGUCAUCUCUUUGCAUAAACAAAAUUGUUCGUCCGGUCGGGGAUCUGGUUCCGUCACAUCCUCUCCCAGCCAUCAGUGGCUGAUGAGAUGGAGCAACCACCGGGGACCCGCAAUGUUCUUCGGUGCUGCAUUAGAGAGCGAAGAAAUGAAACCGUUUCUCUCGCUGAACAACGAUCACCCUCACCAUUUCACUUUUCAUACAAACCACCUUGAUUUCAAAACUGCUACUAAGACUUUGCUCAUCUGCAGGAUAGGUUAUCUAGUUUUGGAUUUGAUAGCCAAGGAAAUGAAUACUGGCAUAGAGAUGGCUUGUUUCGCAGGGCUAAUCCAGAUCUUAUUAUGCAAAUCAGGCCCAGCCAUGUGA